GGAGCGAAAAGGAAGCGAGGGGCGUUCUGAUUGGAGGGUCGAGCGGGGCCCCUCGGAUGCAACUCUGAGGGGGUAGCAAGAGUGUCCCUUCAGUAUGGCAUCUGCUGAUUGGACGAGCCGUGAACAUGGGGCCUGCCCAUUGGCGGAGAGGUCGCCGUUGUACAAAAGACUUUUCAAUUGGCUCAGUAGAGACAGUGGGCUCUAAUUGGCAGCUUAAGGCUGUGCUGGAUGGAAGAGAAUGACCUCUUGCUCUUCCUGCCCCACGGUGGAAGAGGGUUGGUGACUUGUGGAUAGGCAUCAUCAUGGGGGUUGUGCACUGAGGGGAGUAGAUAAGCCCCUUCAGUAAUGAAGAUGGUGAUUGGUGGAGAUGGGAAGGACUCGUUCCCUCCAGCUGACUACUCAACAUCAGGUGGGAGCAUUGGGAGCGAUAUACACCUCAGACAAACCUUGGAGAAUGCCGUAAGAAAUGGGCUCCCGCAGUAGUAGUAACGCUGGCUCAGGGGGCCGGGAUAACCAGGGCAGUUGGUCUCAGAACAACUCGGGGAACCUGCGCAGUGAGGAAGAGGACGAUGAGGAUGUGGAUCUGGCCCAGGUACUGGCAUAUCUACUGCGCAGAGGACAGUUUCACCUGAUGCAGGGCGGGGGAGCAGCCAGUGUCCAGGUGGUCCAGGCACUCUCUGACUCGGAUGACGACAAUGACAGCGCUUGGGAGGGGCGGCUAGGAGACCAGUACAAACCCCCAGUGGAUUUGACACCAGACACUCGUGAUCUGGAGCGCAACGAGAUCAAAACCCGUAUCCAGUUGGCAACAGGCAGGCUGGGUUCUGGGAAAGCCAACCGGAAUAUCCCCAGGAUGCUUUUCCAGAGGGAGCGGGGCCUCUGUCACAACAGCAGCUUCUCCCCUGGCGAGUGCUCGUGGGUGGUGUCGCACUUUCUUCCCAACCACUUGGCCUUCACAGACUCCUAUUCGCAGAAGGCUUUCUGUGGGAUCUAUUGCCGUGAUGGACAGCUUUUUAUGUCAGCUUGUCAAGAUCAGACAAUCCACUUGUAUGAUUGUGCCUAUGGAGCCUUCCGGAAGUUCAGGAGCAUCAAAGCACGGGACGUUGGCUGGAGCGUGCUGGACGUAGCCUUCAUGCCAGAUGGGGCCCAUUUCCUCUACUCCAGCUGGUCAGAUUAUAUUCACAUCUGCAACAUCUAUGGCGAGAGUGAUACUCACACAGCGCUGGAUCUGAGGCCUGAUGAGCGCCGCUUUGCUGUCUUCUCCCUCACAGUUUCUUCAGACGGAAAGGAAGUGUUGGGAGGGGCCAACGAUGGUUGCAUCUAUGUGUUCGAUAUGGAGCAGAAUAGGCGGACGCUCAAGAUCGAGUCCCAUGAAGAUGACGUGAAUGCCGUGGCCUUUGCCGACUCCAGUUCCCACAUCCUGUUCUCUGGGGGCGAUGAUGCAAUCUGCAAAGUGUGGGACCGGCGCACCAUGAGAGAGGAUAACCCCCGGCCGGUUGGGAUCCUGGCCGGCCACCGGGAUGGCAUCACCUUCAUAGACAGCAAAGGGGAUGCCCGAUACCUCAUCUCAAACUCCAAAGAUCAGACGAUUAAGCUUUGGGACAUGCGGAAGUUCUCGGGCCAUGAGGGGCUGGAAGCAUCCCGCCAGGCUGUCACCCAGCAGAACUGGGAUUAUCGCUGGCAGCAGGUGCCCAAGAGAGCAGCACGGCGGAAGUCGAAGCUCCCCGGCGACAGCUCCCUCAUGACGUACCGGGGCCACGGCGUGCUGCACACCUUGAUCCGCUGCCGUUUCUCUCCCGCUUAUAGCACAGGACAGCAGUACAUCUAUAGCGGCUGCUCCACGGGCAAGGUGGUGGUAUAUGAUCUCCUGAGUGGCCAUAUUGUGAAGAAGCUGACCAGCCACAAGGCCUGCGUGCGUGACGUCUCCUGGCACCCCUACGAAGAGAAGAUAGUCAGCAGUUCGUGGGAUGGGAACUUACGGCUGUGGGAAUACUACCCAACCGAAUCUGAGGAUGACGAUCUCAGGGACCCCAGGCCUCUCCCCAGCAGCCGAGAACGUCGCCCCAGAUCCUCAGGAGCCUCUGACAAGUAGCCUUUCCUCGGAGCUUGCCGUCAUUCUCCUGUGCUUGGACUGCCUCUGGGGCAGGGGGAGGAAAGCCCAACGGACUCUGUGGUGCCUGCGUUGGAACAUUUGGGGGGGGAGGGCGGGAGGGAGGGAGUGGGCUCCUGCGUGGUGAGUCUUUUUGUCACUGAACUGGAAGGGGCUGAGGGCUGCUCCUUCUGUGCCACUCUUAAGGACAGAAACUAUUGGGUGACAAACAGCUUCCAGGAAAAGUGAUGGUAAAGAGGGGCAAAGCUAGGUAAUGGGGCCUGGUUUCUCUGUCUGGUCGCUUUCAGGGUUUAAAGGGCUCGAGUAUUCCAGCUCCUCCCUCCUGGCAAUCUGCGUAAUAAGAUGAGGUGUGAAAUCAUGAAGAAGCUCCAAAUCAAGUGCCCCCACCUCUGUGGGUUUUUAGCUGGCUCUGGGGAGCAGUGGGGAGUGGGUCCCCCUCAUCCCAGGGGAGUUCUGGUCUCUGGGGCUGAGUCGUCUUCCCUGGAGGGUGGAAAUCUGGCCUGCAGGUCCUUGAACUCCUGUGCUGGGGCUCUGUUAAGGGUUUACCUGGCGCUGGGGAGCAUCAUGCUCCAGGCAGUGCCACUUUCCAUCUGGGACAGGUCAGUUCAGUGGGGCAGGGGGCUUACUCAGCACCUUUUCCCUCUCUUGUGGUGGCUGGUCUGAGAGUUGAAAUGCAACCUUCAGGCAUUUUCCCCAGAGAAAGAGAUGUCUGUCUUUCUCUCAGAAUCAAUGGCUUCUUGGGGCCAGAGGCAAGAUACUUCCACUCCUUUCUUGGGGUGGUGUGUGGCACAUAUCCCUCCGAAAUGCUUCCCAUUCAUCAUUCUCUGGGGACAUUUCUGUGGGGGGGGGGGGAGAGGGUGCGCGUUAUAAAGCGGGGUGUCAUGGCAGCAAAACGGCUGGGUUUGUGGGUCACAGCAGGGGGCCCUUUGGGGGGGCUCUUGUCUCCUGCAGGCUGCUGCCUUCCUCUCCUGCCCCCCUCCACCGGUUUCUCUUUGGCCUGCCUCUCCCCCUUGUGUCCUUGACUCACCUCUGUCUACAGAUUCCUCCCCCCCCUUGCCUGCAGCCACCUGCUCUCACCCUCAACCCUUCCAUCUUAAUUACUUCUCUCUGUGGGGUCUCUUUCAAAGGAUGAGGUACAGGAUUGAAAUCUUUCUCUUUUGCACCCCUUCCUAAGCAAGUGAAGAAAGCAUCAUUUCAUCUUCUGGUUUGGGGGUACAGCCGGAGGUCACCCUCGUGCAAUCUGUUCUCCCCCUGCAAGUUAGAACGAUUCUCCCACCAACACAGUGAAUAUAGUGGGUGGGCAGGCAGGCAAGGAUCUUCUGAGAUGCCCUCUGGUACACGGGGAGAUAUUUUUUUUUUUUAAUGAUUAAAGAAAAGAAUAGCAGUUCUUCUUUUCGAGUUUAGGGUAGGUUGGGGAUGGGGGAGAGAAACCCAGGUUUAGUUUCUCCAGCACAAGCGGGUGUAAUCAUUGCUCAGACCUCUUAGCACAGAGGGAUUGUCUGUAUGAUGUGUAACAAGGGGACGGUCCCUCCCAGUGAGGGUCCCUGCACUUCUGUUCUGGAAGGGUGUCUGUGCAAACUGCUGUCUCUAUCAAUAAAAACUUGCAAUUGCA